AUGAGUUUAAUUUCACCAAGAAAUAAACCAAAAUAUAAUACAUCGCGUGAUGUACUUAAGUAUCAGCAAAUGAGGAGGACUGUUUUCAUAGAGGUUUCAAAUGAGGAGGACUGUCAAACAGUCUGGGCAAUAGAAAAAGAAAAACAGCAGAAACUGAAAGGAAAUUCUGAGGAUAAAGGGGCCGAAAAUGAGCAGUCCAACAAUCACAACGAGGGGAAAGGCUCGAAGAACAAUGAGAACAACGACAAAGGCCAGGACAAUGAAAAGAGACAGGCUAAAUAUGACAAUCCUAUAGUGCAACAGAACAACACAAAGAACAACAAAGAGGAUAAACAGGAGCAGCACUUGGAGCAAGAUGGGGGUAAUAACCCGAAAGAAAAAAGCAAGAAUGUACAACAACAGGAGGCUACUGAGCAGGGCAGCAAGAUAGAACAGCUUCAAACCGGGGUCAAGGAGACCAAAAAGAAAGGGAGGAGGCCUAGACUAAAGAGGAAAAAUCUUGCUGCCAAGAAUCUGAAAAAUUUGUUCUUUUCUAAGGCAGUAAGAAAGAGGCAGACCCCUGGUGACCAAGAGCAAGAUCAUGAGUUAAUAUCUACAAAGCAUGACGAAAAGAAAAAAGAACAUGGAGGUAGAAAUGGUGCAGAGUAG